AUGAAGCCACUUCUUCCUGAUGACGUCGACCUCGCCAAGAUGCGGCUCGUCGUCCUCCCUAAAGCCGAAGCCGACGCGCUAGACGAGCUAAUCGACGAAGCGUUAGACGCAGCGGACCCGGAGGGAGAGAGCGAGAGAGCAUGGCGGCGCUACCAGGAGGACCUAGCCAACGAGCUGUCCGCCAUGGCCAAAUCUUCUGACCACCUCUGGCAUUUUCUGGACGGCCUUGGCCGGCGGUUACUGGAGAAGAAACAGGCUCAGGCGGAGGGCCAGCACCGGCCACUGAAACGAUCCCCCGGGUCCAUUUCCAGAGACAUCUGCAGCAUGCUACUCUCCACGUCAACCCGUAAAGACCGACCUUCCCUCGACCUCCCUCGUCUGGCCCGUCGCCUCCACUACACCCUCCCCGCUCCUUCCACUCCCUCCUCCUCUGCCUCCUCCACUGCUGCCACGUCAGCCUCCGCUGGUGACGUCAGCGAUGACGCGGCGCUGGCCCGGUUCGCGCACGCGUACUGCGUGUAUCUGCAGGAGCGGCUUCGGUGCGUGGACAGCAUAGGGCUCCAGUCCGACGCUGUGCUACACCAGGUGGCGUCUCUCCAGCAGCUGCAGCAACGCCUGGUCGACUGCGCCGCCGCUGCUCCCAGCGGCCUCGGCACCAGCUUCGCAGCAGGGAAACCCGCAGGGUCGGUCCCAGCAGGAACAGCGGGGGGAGCAGCGGCAGGUGCAGGGGGAGGAGCAGACGGGCGUGGGAGGGAGGGGGAGGGGGAGCGGGAGAGGCGGCGGCGAGUGGUGCGGUAUGUGCUGGAGGUGGCGUUGGAUGAGAGCUUCCGGGUGUAUGGGUGGGUCAACUACGGGCUGAUCGAGCUCAUGGAACGACUCAGUCGCUUCCCCAAGGAGCAGGUGGGUCACAAGAAAGCCAGCUGGGCCAUGCGCGCGCUUCAGGUGUGCCAGUUCUCGGUGCAGCAGGGGAAGGCGUUAUCUGACAUGUACACGCGCCUGGGUGCAGCAGGGGUGGGCGCAGGUGUGGCCUUCCCCUCGGUGGCAGUACUCGGGGACGGCGUUAUUGGCAACCUCUCCGCCUCCGUUGCUGCAGGCCCGGAUGCUGGCAUGAGCGUUCCUCCCUCUCCCAUGCACCCUGCUGCUGGUAGUGGUGGAUUCAGCAGAGCCGGGAGUUUCGCUGAUGGCAGUGCUGCUGGUGGUGCUAGUUUUAGAGGUAUGGGACCACAGCAACAGCAGCAGCAGCAGCAGCAGCAAGCACAACAUCAGCAGCAGCCGAAUUUGGACAGGAGUGACUCUCAUCGUUCUCUUCCCAACGCCAUGGUGCUCUUCACUCCUGUCCCAGGCCAACAACAUGGUCAUCCCCAAUUUCAGCAGCAGCAGCACCAGCAGCAGCAGCAGCAGCAGCACCACCAGUACCAGCACCAGCAGCAGCAGCAACAGCAGCAGCAACAGCAGCAGCAGCAGAUGGGUUAUCAGCACCAGAACCCUCAAGGCCCCAGCCCGUACUACUCCUACAGCGCCUCUCAACCACCACCCCCCCAGCCCGCCAACCCUGCUCUCUCCCCUGCCGCCCAGCAGCAGCAGUUUGACGACACCGCUCAAGCGCUCUUUGGGUCGUAUUCCUCGCAGCCCUUUCCUGCUGCUACCUCUAAUGCAGCCACGCAGAUGAAGUACGUCACGAAUGGUGCGCCGGGAUGGGAGCGUGCUCUUGAUGCUACAGCUGGUGCUGCAGGUGGUGCUUCAGUUGGUGCUUCAGGCAGUGUUGCGGGUUCGUACAUGCCUCCAAGCCAGCAAGGGCAAGGAGGACAACAGGCACCCCAUCUUUAUCAUCAGCAUCAUCAGCAGCAGCAGCAGCAGCAGCAGCAGUGGGCACUAGCCGCUCCCAGGCUAAAUGGUGGAAGCGGUACAGCUGGCAGCAGCCCAUUGGAUCAACCACCCAUGACCGCCUUUUCUGGGGGCUGGGACCAGCUGUUACUGGACAGUCUGUAUGAGGCGGCACAGGCACAGAAACACGCCUCUGAUGCCACUGCAGCCAGAUUGGGAGGAGCAGGAGGCAGUGGUGUAGGCGCUAGUGCUGCUGGUGCUGGUGGAAGUGGUGGUGCGAAUGGGGAUCCUUUUGCGGCUUCUGCUGCAGUCCCGCCGCCGCCGUAUGUCCAGAUGGCACUUAGAGCGCAGCAGCAGCUGGCUAUGGAGCUUCAGAGGCGCAUGCUGAGUCAGCACGCGCGGUUCUUUGCGGCUGCGAGGUCUGCGGGAGGGGCGGAUGCGAUCCUGUGGACGAGGCUGUCGUGGCCCAACCACGCGCUCAUCCCGCGCAGCACGCUCGCCCUCGCCAUAGUCUCGCUCUCCCUCACAUGCAUCGCCCUCAGCGCCUCCCUCCUCGCCUCCUCUUUCAUCCGCUCUGCUCCAACCCCUGCCUCGCCUAGCACCGCUCCUCAUGGCCCCUUGCCGCACCCGCGUCACAUUACAGCUGCAGAUUCAGUUAUCAGCGGAUAUAUUCUGGGUAAUUCGGAGAUUCUUGGAGGCAUGGACGGCUCAGGCGUGGAGAUCCUCUCAGGAGAUGCGACGUCCCUGUCGGGUGGAGAAAAGGAGAACAAUGCUCCUGAGAAAGAGAAGGAGGAAAUUUCCGGCAAAUUGGAGAAGAGUGGUUAUAGGUGGUACGAGUGGGUGCUGGGGGCUUUUGCAAGCCCUCUGGGAGCUUUCAGCGACCUGAGGGCGCCGUACCGUGCUGAACAGAGUGUGUUGGCGUCUGGUCAAGGCCCCACGGGCACCUUGGGCUCGAGACGAGAAGGGCGGGGGAUGAUCGAUGCUGCUGAUGGCUCGGAUCCUAUGAGUGAUGGUGAUGGCGGUGGUGACAGGGUUGGGAAGGAGGAGGCUGUUGCAGGAUCGCAGGAGGAGAAGGUGCAGAUGACUGAGGAGGUGGAAAGGGAGCAAGAGGAGAAGGGAGAAGGCGGGGAGGAGCAGGAGACGCAGCUGCAUCACGUCAUGUUCAACAUAGCCUCGUCCCGAGCCACCUUUCCGUACCGCCGAGCCUACCUGCGCAGCUGGUGGCACCCGGGCCGGCAGGAGGAAAAUUUAAAUUCGACUCAAAAGUCACCGGGCGGGCAGGAUGAGAAGAUCCGAGGCUACGUGUGGGUGGAUGACGUGGAAGCGGUCCCGCAUGACGUGGCAUUGGACCCACCUGUGAGGGCCAGCAGCAACACAAGUCACCUGAGUUAUCGGGGCACGGGGCUGAGGGAAUAUUUGCGGCUAGCGAGAAUCGUGGUGGACGCGUAUAGGCUCGGGGAGAAGGGCGUGCGAUGGUACGUGAUGGGAGACGACGACACGUUCUUCAGCCCGCAUGCCAUCACAGCAUUCCUUGGGCAAUACGACCACCGCACACCCCUCUACCUUGGAGCACCUUCUGAGACGCACUACCAGAACGUGGCCAACACGCAUGGCAUGGCGUUUGGUGGCGGAGGUUUCGCCAUUUCUGCAGCGCUGGCACGCAUGCUGAGUGAGGGCGGGGCCAUGGACGCGUGCUUGGAGCGGCAUGCCACCGUGUGGGGGAGCGAUGAACGGGUCGCCAGCUGCGUGGGCGAGCUUGGGGUGUCCCUCACACCAACCCCGGGCUUCCACCAGGUAGAUCUGGGCGGCAGUCUCUUCGGGCUCCUCAUGGCGCACCCGCUACAGCCGCUGCUGUCCCUGCACCAUCUUGACUUUGUUGACCCGCUGCUGCUGCCAGCUGGCACCGCUGACCGGGCGGAGGGGCUCGCCGCGCUGGCGGAGAGGAUGAGGCCGGACCCAGUAGGGUUUGCACAGCUGGCAGUGUGCGGCGACGGCUCCCAGUGGACGGCAGCCAUCUCAUGGGGCUUUGCUAUCAAGAUCUACCCUGGGGCGCGGCUGCUAUCAGAGCUGGUGAGGGCGGAGCGAACGUUCUACUCCUUCGUGGGGAGUGCGGACCCCACUGCGUUCACAUUUGAUACCAGGCUCCCGGAGGUUCGAUGCUGUCCGCUGACUCGUUCUCCGCACAUGCGCCGGCACGAGGGGGGGAUGGGGAGACGUCAUCGGCGCGAGCUGAGGUACAUUCGGGGGAGCGGGAUGCGCGGCAGAUGCGCGACGUGCGGAGCGCGUUUCAGGUUGAGGAGAGCGGCCGGCGCAGCACGGAGGGAGCGGAAGGAGAGGAAGGGCGGCGGCGCAGAGGACACGUGGGCAGCGGAAUCAAUGCGGGUGAAAGAGGCGGAAGCGGAGGGUUUGGCGGAGGGUGCGGCGGAGGACGGGGAGGCGGGCGGAAAGGACGAGGGGGACGAGGAUUCAGAGGGGAGAGGGGAGGGAGAGGCGGGGGAAGAGGAGGGAAGGAGAGGAGAGACGGUGCGCAAGAUGAGGGGGAGGGAGGGGUGGCGGGGAAAAGCGACGCGGAAAUGCGCGGGUGCCGAUGGUGCUGCUGCUGGUGCUGCUGCUGGUGCUGCUGCUGGUGCCGUUGCCAGUGGAGGUGCUGGUAGUGCUGAUUCUGCUCUUGUAGCGUUGGCUGGGAAUGCGGCAGACAAUCGGAGAGGCCAUGGUUUCGGGAAUGUCGCAAACGUGGCGAACGGUGACGACGUGGCUAGAGCCGUCGACGUGGCGAGCGGUGUCGAUGUGGCGAGAGGAGGGACAGGAACGCGAGGUGCUUUGAGUAUUUUAACGAAGGGAGCAGCGGGCGGGGAAGCCUGUCCGUCAGGCUUGGCAGGGGUGCUGCAGGAUUGCCAGGAGGUGGUUUGUCGAGCCUUGGAGAGCUUCGAGUUGCGGCUGGGUGGGAUUGUGCUGGGUACGCACUCUCCCCCGCACUCUCCCCCGCACUCUCCCCCGCAUUCCCCGUCUACCAAUCGUCUUGCUUCGCCUGCUGCCCCCCCUGCUCCUGCCCCCCCUGCUGCUGCCCCCCCUGCUCCUGCUAGCACCGGUGAAGCUGCUGACCCUCCUGCUUCUUCCAGCGUUGUUGUAGCUGCUGCUUCAGACCGCGACGGUUUGCCUGCUGAAACGCGUGAAGCAGCAGCAGCAGCAGCAGCAGCAGCACCACCACCACCAGCAUCAGCACCAGCACCGCCGCCAGCACCAGCACCUACGGCUGCUGCUGCUGCAGCAGCAGCAGCGGCAGUAGCAGCGGCAUCACCUCCUUUCUCCUCUCCUCUCUCCUCUCCUCUCCCUUCUCCCCGCCCCUGUCCUUCCGCCUCCCCGCUUACCUCCCCCCGCCCCUCUCCCCCCACCUGUGCGCCGCCUGCCAUAAGAUCCCCCCGUUCCGCCAGCGCGCAGGCGUCUCCCAGGGGAUGGGGGCGAGCGGACAGGGCGCAGUGGGAUUACCCCAGGUGGAGCGCAGAAGCAGGGGGGGCGAUUUCCCCCCGGCCAGGGGGAGGGACGGGUAGGGCGCAGUGGGAUUACCCCAGGGGCAGCGCGGAAGCAGGGGGGGCGAGCUCCCCCUAUCCUGCCAGUGCGCAAGUAGCGCCCAGGGGAAGAGCGGGACGGGCAGAUAAGGCGCAGGGGGAAUGCGCCAGAGGCAGUGCGGAAGCACAGGGGGCGAGUUCUGCCCUUUCCGCCAGUGCGCAGUUCUCUCCCCGCUCCCCUACACAGCGCUCCCCUUUGCACCGCUCUCCACACCCUUCAACCACGUCCUCCCAGCCCUGUACCUUUGACAACCGCUCCUCCUCUCCACAAGUCCGCUCCCCGCGCCCCUUGUCAUCCCAACCGCGCUCUCCCCGCGUCCCCUCGCCCCAUCCCCUUUUUACUCAACCCCCUUCACCUCAACCCCCGUGUCCGUCCCCCACCUCCCCUCACCCCCCCACUUCUCAACCCCCCUCUCCCCGGUCCUCCGCUCUCCUCCCCCCCUCCCCCCGUACCACCUCUGGCGCGCCCCCGAAGUCCCCCCGCGCCCCACGUGACGCAGCGCAAAAAUCCCCUCGCACCGCACGCAAACCCUCCCGUUCCCCCCUCACGUCCUUUGACUCGUCCUCUCUCCCAUCCCUCCAAUCCCACUCCUCUCCCUUCGACACUCCUCAGAAUCCUUCUCUAAGGUCAGGAGCAGCUGCAGCUGUUGGGAUUGGUGAGAAGCGGUGCCUGAAACAGCAGGUGAGACAGGUGAACCCGCAGGUGAACCCGCAGGUGAACCCGCAGGUGAACCCGCAGGUGAACUCCCAGGUGAACCCCCAGGUGAACCCGCAGGUGAACCCGCAGGUGAACCCGCAGGUGUCCCCGCAGGGGCAGGGCUACGUGCAACAACAGGUGAACCCGCAACAAGCGCCAAUCCUGCAGCGUCAACAGCUUUCACAACAGCAGAACCAGCGGCAGCAGCAGCAGCAGCAGCAGCAGCAGCAUCAGCAUCAGCAGCAGCAACAGCCACAGCAGCAGCGUGUCAACCCCAGGGCUGAUGAGAGUCCUGUUGGAACCAGCACUGCUGUCGGCACCCGCACUGCUCCUCCUGCUGCUGUUGACCCGAACCACACAGUGCGAGAUGCUGCACCUUCUGUACCCACUGUACCUGCCACGCCUGCCACCCCUGCCACCCCUGGCACCUCUCGCACCCCUGCCGCCCCUGUCAGCACUUCUGCACCUGCCACCCCAUUUAAGAGUGUCUCAGCGUGCAACGCUGCAAGCGCCAUCAAGAGUGUACCCCUCUCUGCCAGCACUGCUGCCACUCUUGCUGACACUGCCGCUGCUGGUGCUGCGACAGGUGCACCUCCUGUUGCCGCUGCCGCUGUAGCUGCUGCAGGUUCUUAUCAGGCUACAGCAGCAGCGGCAACAGGAGGUGCACCUGUCGCAGCCGUUUCUUAUCAGUCUUCUCCUCUUCCUCUUGUUCGCAUGCCCGGCUAUCCCUCCGCAUCUCCCAAUCCCGCUCUCUCCUCCUUCCAUCGUGCUGCUUUGCACCACACUACACCGCAUGCUCUCCCUCACUCCUCCCCGCACAAUUCCCCUCACGCUCACUCCUCUUCCCCUCACGCCCUCUUCUCUUCCCCUCACUCUACCUCAUCCUCUGCACACUCCUCCCCCCACUCCUCCUCGCCCUCACUCCACCGCUCCCCGUUCCGCCCCCCACACUACCCCUCGCCUCUCCACCGCUCGCUGUAUCUGGUGCAGGUGUAUCUAGAGCUGUGCCGUUUAGAGCUGGGAGAGAAGGUGCUGCUGGGGAAUCUAGGGUUGGGGCUGUGGGGAGAGAGGCGUGCGGGUCACGUGCUUUUGGUGGAAUGGAGGGUGGAGCAGUGGCGGGAGCAGCAAGGAGCGGGGAAGCAGCAGGGGAAGAAGCAGCAUCAGGGCACGGAGCGGGAGCGGGGAGGAGUGGAGCAGCAGGGAGGGUGCGUGUGGGGGCGAGAGGGCACAGGAAGAGCCCGUCAAUGGGGGCACUUCCUUCAAUGGUGUGCCAUGGUGCCGUUGAGGCGUCUCAAAGAUCCCCGAUUGGGACUCUUUCUUCAAUGUCCCAUGCGGCUGCUUGGCUCGACCGCUGCUCCAGCAGCAGCAGCAGCAGCAGCAGCAGCAGCAGCGUAG